AUGAGACAUGCAGCUGGACCUGGCCUCAAUGGGAAAGACAAUUCUGAUAGUGGAUUAGGUGCUUCUAAAAGGGCAAAAUGCAGUAAGUCUGAUUUAGAGCAGAACUGUACAAAACGAACUUUGUCAGAAUCAAAGGUUGCUGCAGCUGACAAUGUAGUUUCCUUGAAAUCACCUCUGAAGACAAAUGGCAAAACGAAAACUCCUGUACAGGUUGUGAAGCUGAGAGAAACUGACCUGAAUGACACUGGAAUUUCUACCUUGACUUCGCUGAGAGAUCAGAAAAGGGGAGAUGGAGCCAAGCUGCUGCCUAAGGAGGACGAAAAGUCUACGCUAGUUGAAGUUCACAUGACUAGAAUUACAGUUCCAACCUCAAUAUGUCUACGGAUCCACAGAAAGAUUAGGGAAAGAGGAAUAUUAAGUCAAACCACCAAUUCUCCAUGA